AUGAAUCCCGAGAGGAAGAGCAUCCAUAAUUACAAGUUUGUGGAACCUCCAUUGGCUGUGUUGAGAGGACUUGGGGCACGUUUAGACCUGACUCACAAAGACGCCUUCAAGGAAAAGUAUGGUAACCUACUGGGAGUUCUGAAUACCGAGGUAAACGUCACCGCUGUUCACACCUUGGUACAGUUCUACGAUCCACCACUAAGGUUCUUUACUUUCCAAGACUAUCAGCUAGCGCCGACACUGGAAGAGUAUUCUCAUAUUUUGGGUAUCAGGAUAAAGAACCAGGGUGGAAUCCAUGGUUUCACCUCUAAGCUUCUCGUAGACAAAGCUAUCACUUUCGCUGAAGCUGGAAGAUGGACGACCUUCAACGCCCAUCUAGCUUUACUCAUCUAUGGGAAUAUGUUGUUUCCGAAUAUGGAAGAGUUCAUAGACUUGGCUGCUAUUCACAUCUUCUUGACUCAGAACCCGAUUCCUACUCUUCUUGCUGAUACUUACUAUUCCAUUCACGUAAGGACCCAGAAGAAGAAAGGGACUAUCGUCUAUUGCACCCCUUUACUGUAUAGAUGGUUUAUUUCGCAUCUACCCAGUGAAGGUCCUUUCGUUGAGAAUAAAGAUAAUCUGAAGUGGUCCCAGAGGAUCAUGUCCUUAAAAGCCGAAGACAUCCCUUGGUAUUCUCGAGUGUAUGAUGGCGUCAAGCUCAUCCUCAAUUGUGGGGAUUUUCCUAAUGUGCCUCUUCUUGGAGUUGAAGAGCCAGAGUUGAUCAAGAAGAUUGUCAAAGCUUGGGGGUGGAUUUGUCCUCAAGGAAGAGGAGAGAUGGGUAAGAAGAAUUGUAUCACCAAGGAAGCUUACACCAGUUGGGUCAAGAGCAGAGUUAGUGAGGUCUUAUUGCCGUUUCCGCUUGAACCAUCCAUGAACCUCCAAUCUUCCGAGCUAGAGAACCAACCAAAUCCUGAUAUGGAUGAAUUGAAGAAGGUUAUCAAGACCCUAGAGAAAGAGAAUGCCGAUCUCAAAUCCAAGCUUGCUAAAAUCUCAUUGGAGAAAGAGACCUUGAAAUUCAAUCUGAAUCAGAAGAGGGACCGAGUUCGCCAAGCUGAUGAUGAGGUACAAACCGAGGUUUUCAAAAGACUCAAAGUGGGUGACACCCUCAAAGGGACUUAUGCCUGUCUGACGACCAAAAAGAAGCAGUUAGCUGAAGCCCAAUACCGAGCUGGUAAAGCAGAAUUAGAACACAUGGAGCAAAUGAAGAAACUUCAAAGCCUGCUAGAAGCUUGUAAGAAGGAGUUGAAGGAUGAAAGAAGCCGCAAUAAAUAG